AUGUUGGUCACAAGAGGCAACGAUUUCAUCGGCGCGGAGAAGAAGUACAACCCCUUCGCCAAGGACAACUUCUGGAUCCCGCAUUGCACCUGGGGCUUCAAGAAGAAGGCCUUAGAGGUGCUCCUUGGUCAUGAAGCCGAAGCUACGUCGCUGUGGAAUUACUUCUUCCACUUGCCCAGCGGCCCGUCCGUGCUGCUGGGGCCAGCGUCCAUGCUGAACCAUGGGUCUUCGCAGAUGGUGAACGUGCGCGUGUCGCGAAACAGGACCUCCACCUGGUUGCUGGCGAAUCGGAAUACUGAAGCCGGAGAGGAGCUGUUCACAUCCUAUGGCAGCGACGACUGGUUCCUAGACCGGUGGAUCAACUACAGCCAGCCCGCGCCCGGCCUGCAAACACGAAGGAGUUCUUUUCAGGAUGGCAGGUGCAUGGACGCACUCGUCGCUCAGAGUCAAGGGGUUGCGGCUGGCAAAGCCCUGCGGACUGGCGAGGUGGUAGAAAGCCCGGGGUUUCUGCUCCCGCGGCACUUGGCGGCCCAAAAUCCACAGCUCAUGGCGCAUUCGGCGGGCGACCCAUCCUGGGACUUUGUGAUUCUGCCGCUGGCCGGGACGUUCUUUGGCCCAGGGCAGGUGAACAUGGAGGUCUCCUUCCAGUUGACCCCAGAAGCGGCGGAGUUGCCGUUGCACGCCUUGGUUCGCCUGGACCGCCCCGUCUCCGUGCGGCUGAAGGCCCUGCGCCCCAUUUCGCCCCACGAGGCGCUGGUCGCGUCCACACGAAGCCGGUCCGCCGAGGGCAACUUGGCGCGGUGGCAGGGGGUGAACCUCAAGCAACUGCAGCUGUCCGCCGCGGAGGCAGGGGACCCAUUCGCCCAGUUCGCCGUGGCGGGCCAGCUGCGGUCCGGGGAUGCGCUCAGUUGGUACUUGCGUGCAGCGCGCCAGGGCCAUGUGGAAUCGCAAUUCCAGGCCGCACUGCUCGGAAGCCAAAGCGAGAAGGAGCAGUGGUAUGAGAAGGCGGCGGAGCGCGGGCACCUGCGAGCCCAGCUGUUGCUGGCGGAGAUGUACAUGGCCUCCGGUCCGAACGCCAGCGCCGCGGCGUACUGGGCGCGGAAGGCCUUGGCAACAGCUGGCGCCAGAAGCCGCCGGGUCUCUGCCUUCGCGGACACGUUUUAUGCCCUGGCGCUGGCGUUUCAGAACCCGCCCGAGCCGCAAGCCUUCUUCUGGCUGCAGGUGGCGGCAGAGGCCGGCUCCGUGGAAGCGCAGUACACGCUGGGCGCGGGGCUGGGUGAUGACCCGGAGGCAAGGUCUUGGCUUCAGCGCGCCGCAGCCCAGGGGCAUUCGGAGGCGCAGCUCGCCUUGGAGGAGCUUGAGGCCGACCUGGCUUCCGACGGAUUCCCUGGCUCGCUGUUGGACCGCGCCCGGCGGGCGUGGCGGAGGGUGACGAAGCUGCGGAGCUUUGUGAGAUGA